GCAGCAGCGCACGGGAGUAGAGAGAGGGCUGUAUCACGCGCUUGGCAGAGGGUACUCCCGCCUUCCGUUGCACAGGAGUCGUUUUUGUCGCUGAAGCAGGUGCUCUGUCGUGGGCACCAUGAGUCGGAAGCCUGCUACGGGGACCCUCGAGGCAGCGGCGCUCUCCCUGGCGCAGGAGGUAUCGGGCAACCCAGACGACUGGGAGAGGAGGAGGAAGGCGCUGUACUCCAUGCAGCAGGCGGUUGACGAUGCCGGGAAGGCUCUGUCCGCGGCGAGCGGCGGCGGGGAGAAGGCGGUCUUCACGGCGGAGGUGUGGCGGUACCUCAGGGAGCCGCUGAAGCACACGCUGAACGACCUUCGAUCGGCCAUCGUGAAGGAGGCGUGUGUACUGCUCGAGAAGCUAUCCGACGCGGCCGGUAACUACAUGGCCGCCCUCAUGAGGGACAUGCUCAACGUCCUCCUGCAGCUCUUGGCGAACGGCAACUCGGUGAUCGUUGGGCAGGUGGACUCGUGCAUGCGGCACAUCAUCGAGCAUUCCCGUUUUCCCCGGCAGCUUAAGGAGGUGGAGUACACCGUGAGGAACAGCCGGUCGAAAGACCUCAGGGAGUCGGUGGGGGCGUACGUGCUUCUUAUGCUCCGUGCGUGGCCCCCCGCGUCGAUGGACAAGGAAGCAGGGCACCUGGAGUCCAUUAUCGCGGUGGCGGCGGCAAGCGGCCACAACGAUCCGGCUCCGUCUCCCCCGCAGCACCGCGCCACUGACGCCUCCGCCGCCGCUCGAAGAGUGGCGAAAAAGGCAACGACGUCGGCAUCUACAACAAGUGUGUCCGCUCAUACCCCGCCUCCGGCGGCGGCGGCGGCGGCGGCGGCGGCAGCCGGGCGAAGAAGGAACGCUUUAGUACCCUCGUCGACUUCGAGCCCGGGUUCGGCGGCGGCGGCGGCGGCGGCGGGCGGGGGAGAUAUGGCGACGGGGGCAUCUCCUUCGGGGCGUCCGAAGAACAGACGCCCCACUAAUCCCAGCGCAACGGUGACAGAAGCAGCGUUGGCUUCCGUAGCGAAGUCACCGGCAAGCGGCGGGACUACCAGCGGAGGUGGCGGAGGCGGCGGAGGUCUCUCUAAGACCAAGCGAGCCGGUGGGGGGGGGCGGGCACCCCCUGCGGGGGAGGGGGGUAGCGUUGCUGGCUCGGGCGAGGGAGUGACGGCGGUAACGUCCUUGGUGGAAGGGAGCAAGGUGUGCCUCCAGGGGCAAAAAAAGCGCGCGGCGGUGGUGCGGUACGUCGGCGAGACCCAGUUCGCGACGGGCGUGUGGGUAGGGGUGGAGCUCUCGCCGGGUGCUGAUCCCCCAGGCAACAAUGACGGGUCCGUUCGAGGAGUUUCGUACUUCAAGUGCCCUCCCUUGUGCGGAGUAUUCGCUAAGCCAGACAUGUUCGAGUUGUUGGAGGAGGAGGAGGAGGAGGAGGAGGAGGAGGAGGAGGAGGAAGGGGAGAGAGAUGCGGAGGGUGACGACGUAGAAACGUCGGCGAGAGAAGAAGAUGGCCUAACGGCGGCGACGGACGGCUCCGAUGAGGCUACCCGUGCGGGGGGCGAGCUUCUCCGCUUCCACAAGCUCUUUGCGAACGAGGCGCUGGAAGCAUUGAAGGAGGAGAUGGCCAUGAUCCCAGACCUGGAGGGGAUGGUAGAAUCCAUGCAGUCGGCCCCCGCGGAUCGCAUCCGCUUGUAUCUCGAGGUUUUAGAGAGCGCGGCAGGUGCGAGAGAGGCUGCGGCGGCCAGGUUACGGGCACAGAUUCGAGAGACGGCGGAGCGGUAUCCCUCGGUGUUCUCUCCAUCUCCGGAUGAUGCUGCCGCCGCUGCGUCUUCGAAGGGCGGAAGGGGAAGUAGCAGCGGCGGUACCGACGCCAGUUCGGGUCCUGGAAGCGGCGCAACCCAGUCCGAUGAUGGUCCCGGAGAUGGGGACGGAGGUGAGGAUGCAGGCGGUGGCGACAGGGCUGACGGUGGGGAGGAUGACAACGCCAACGAUAACAACGGAGCAGCAGCGAGCGGCAAGACGGAAGAGGACGAGAGCGUAGAGGAUACCGAAACCGUCGCGGUGGAAGCAGACGACGGCGACGCUGCUGAUACUUCGGCCGCCGCCGCCGUCGGAGAAGAAGACGAAGGGGGCCCCGCUGACGGCGGCAGCAGCAGGAGCGACGACAAGGGGGCACGCGGUCAAGAUAAAGGAAACGGAGGGAACGUGUUUGGGAUGGUGGGGAAGUUCCUGCUGGGGGUCGUCCACAAGCCUCCGGGAGAAGAAGAAGGCGACCAGGACCAGGCAUGCCAACAAAAGAAAACCCACGGGGAAGGUGCGGCCGGUUCUGGUUCUGCUGCACCCGUCGCAUCGACUCCCACGGUGGACGCGCCUUCCACCCCAAACGCGAUAGGCAAGGGUGCUCCGGUGGAGGGGAAUGGGGACCUCGUGGCUGAGGCAGGGGGGGUGUCUGUCGAAGGUGUUGUCGUGGAGACGACGUGACGUGAUUUGUAUUUAUUUGCUCUGUUUUUUGUUUUGUUUUUCAGGUAGAGAGUGAGUGGCACGUCAGUAGAGAUGGAAGUAUUUAGGUGGCGAUGUUUUUUGGGGGGGGGAUAUGAUUCUCUGUAUUUUCAUGCUCGUGCUGAAGGCGCAACGAAGAGUGUGUGUCUGGAUGUCUUGUCUUGAUUUUCCUCUCCCCCUUCUCAGUUCAAGGUUGGAAAUUUUCGGGGAAUGUGAUGGUGUGGGGUUUUUAGGUUGUCCCGUCGCAGCUGCUGUUAUUUGUCAUUGAAGGUCCACCGUUUAUGUUGGUGUCUUACUGGUGUUCUCUGUAGGAGGUUGGUAGAGUGCUUUCAGCGGGUAGUCGUUGUCUUCGUCGUUGUGUUGUUGGAAUAUCCCGGCUGCUGCUGGCUGCUACUGCGGUUGCCAUUUAUUUCUACUUCCAUUGGUGGAGGGAAAAGUGGUACCGUAUGACUUACCAAAUGGUAUAUUGCUGGUACGGCGGUAUGAAGCUUGGUUGCUGUUCUGGUUUGCUCCUAUUAUUGUCCAGGCGCCGAUCCCAGCGGGCUUUAUCGUUUUGAUGGGGAAUACCGUCAAAAAGGACCUGGUACGACACGGUCCAGGAAGGAGAUCGAUGCGAGGCCCUUCCGCCGGACUUUCUUAUUUUAUGGAUUUUUUCUUGUGGCCUAGACAACGAACUUUGGUGGACAAGUAUUUUGUGUGUGUGCAAGCCGUAGAUGAUCGUUCCGAUGGCUGGUAUCGAACACCAGUAAUAUUCUUUGUUGUCGGUUGUCCGUGAUUGACACCUUUGCCUCGCCCCUGAAAAGUUGUUGACACAUGGUGAGCGAUGGCAUUUUGUCCACCAUCUUCGCGCUUCGCCAGAUGCCGCUCUCGGCUGUGGGCGUUCGGUGAGAUAGAUCUUGUUUCAUGUUCGCUUUUCGCGAGGGGGGCGCGACACUGAUUUGUUUCUCUGUGCAACGCGCGUGGUAAAACAGUGGUUGGCGAAAAGAAAAGGAAGCAGUUUCAUUUCUGUGGACGAGAUGGAUUGGUUGUGUCAAGUGCAAUAAAAAGAAAAAAAAAAUGAAAAACAUUUUCUGUCCCGUAUUGCGGCUGAUAGGGUACAUGUAACAGCCCGGGGGAUAGGUAGCCCCGGCCUCAUCUGGAGCCCUUUCCUUUAAUUGGCCAGGGAGGGUAUGCCUAUCUAUCUAUGUGGGGGUCGAGGAUGAUGGUGUUGUUCGCGGUGAUGAAGAAGUUGGUGGAACGAAGGAGAGAAGCAACAUUUUUCCUCGUUCUUGACUUGGCGUUGGGAUGGGUACCGAGUCGGAAAAACGACAGGUGGCGGUCGGCCGUGAACAUGGUAGCCAUUGGCGUCAGAUCAGGAUCGGCAAGGCUACGCUUUGUCGGGUAGACGGGGAACCGUGAACCACAGAUUUGUCUGCGGUCAAGUACGGGAGAGAAUGACCGAGGGCAGCCCCGAUGGGUUAUGAUAAUAGUGCGAAGACGUAAGUCG